GGUGCCGCGUCCGGAGGGUCCCCAGGAUGGUGCACGGGGGGCUGCAGGUGCUGGGGCUGGCGCUGGCGGGUGCCGGCUGGGCGGCGCUGGUGGCGGCGACGGCGCUGCCGCAGUGGGAGGUGUCGUCGUUCGCGGGGGACACGCUGAUCACCGCCCUCGUCACCUGGAAGGGGCUCUGGAUGAGCUGCGUGAGCCAGAGCACGGGGCAGCUGCAGUGCAAGAGCUACGACUCCGUCCUCGCCCUGCCAGGUCACCUGCAGGCCACGCGGGCUCUCCUGGUGAUCUCGGGGGUCCUGGGCCCGCUGGCCCUGGGCGUGGCCGUGGGGGGCAUGAAAUGCACCCGCUGUGGGAGUGAAGACCCCCGGACCAAGGCCAAGGUGGCGGCAGCUGGGGGGUCCCUGUUCAUCGUGGCCGGGCUGUUGGGACUCGUCGCCUGUUCCUGGUACGGCCACAGGAUCGUCACCAACUUCUACGACCCCACAGUGCCUGUCAACUACAAGUUCGAGUUCGGGACGGCGCUGUUCGUGGGCUGGGGGGGGGCCGCGCUGACCCUGCUCGGGGGGUCCCUGCUGGCCUCGUCCUGCUCCCGCUGCGGGGGGGGCGGCACCACCCGCGCGUACCCCAAGGCCAGGAAGACCCCCGGGGCCAGAUCCCCCCCCAGCAGCGCCCGCGAGUACGUCUGAGGGAACCCCCAGACCCAUUUCGGGACCGCCCCCCUCAGUGCCAUUUGGGGGUCCCGUCGAGCCCCCAGACCCAUUUUGGAACCCCUGACCCACUUUGGGAACUCCCAGAGCCAUUUAAGGACUCCCCCAGACCCAUUUUUGGGACCCCCCCAACUCAGGGAUGUUCCCCCCCCACUCUUGGGGUCCCUCCCCCCCUCAGUGCCUGGACCCCCCUUCCCCAACUGGGGGGGGGGUCCCCGCGGGUUUUUCUCCGAUGAUUUUGUACAAAAUAAAACGAUUUUUUU